UCACUCGUAUUGUCAUUCGUUGUCUAGGUAUGUGAUGAUUGGGCGUUGUAAAACUAAAAAAAUACUAAUAAUGUGUUUUCACUGUAUUAAAAAUAUAGCUUAUUGUUACUUUUAACCGAUACUAAAGAAUCUAGUCUGAAUAUAGUUUUGGAAUAGCUUAAAAUGCUAUAAAGAAUCGCACCAAUACCUAGUGGAAAUACAUUUCAUAAAUUGAUUUCUAAGGAGUUAAAAAAAACUAGCAAUGCCAGAGCAAAGCAACGAUUACCGUGUUGUUGUGUUUGGUGCUGGAGGUGUAGGAAAAAGUUCUUUAGUGCUACGAUUUGUUAAAGGCACAUUUCGAGAAUCCUACAUACCUACCAUAGAAGAUACUUAUAGACAAGUUAUAAGCAGCAACAAAACAAUUUGUACUCUCCAAAUUACUGAUACAACAGGAUCUCACCAGUUUCCAGCUAUGCAAAGAUUAUCCAUAAGUAAGGGUCAUGCAUUCAUUCUUGUAUAUUCAGUCAGCAGUCGACAAUCAUUGGAAGAAUUAAAACCAAUAUGGCAGACAAUAAAAGAAAUAAAAGGUACAGAGUUGCCAAAUAUUCCAGUGAUGCUUGCAGGAAACAAAUGUGACGAAAGUCCAGAAAUACGAGAGGUAUCUGCUGCUGAAGGACAAGCACAGGCACAAACGUGGGGAGUUUCAUUUAUGGAAACUUCUGCUAAAACAAAUCAUAAUGUUACUCAGCUCUUUCAGGAACUUUUGAAUAUGGAAAAGAACAGAAAUGUCUCAUUACAAGUUGAUGGUAAAGGUAAGAAGAAGAAAGAGAAGGUGGUUAAAGAAGGUGGUGAAGCAUCUGCCAGUGGAAGAGAGAAAUGCCUUGUCAUGUAAUGGAAAGAAUUGUUUUUUAUCUCAUUUAUUAUUAAUUUCAAGUAAUAAGCAACAUUGCAUAAUACAUGACAAUAUAAUAACCAUUUUAUGUAAUGAGAUAGUAUAGGUUAGUAAGCUAAAAAUUAUUGGUAUUGAAAAUAUGGCCAGUCCAAGAAUUGAAACUUCUUUUUAAGCCAAUAUGCAGAAAUCAAUAUUUGCUUGCAUAAUAUUAUAUUGUUUUUUAAAUUUGUUGUCAUUUUUCUUUAAUAUUGUUAUACAAAUGAUUAUCAUUUAAUUAUAGUAGUUGUAAAAUAUGUUACCUCUAUUGGAUAGAUUUCAUAUGUGAAAACAAUGGACAAUCAUAUUAUACAUAUUUUCAGAGAGUUUUGUUGCUUAGGAUGUAUAUUUUUGAUUUCUGCUACAAAAUCUAUUAAAAAGUAGAUUACAUUACACUGAAAUCAAAGUACACAAUCCACUGAAAAAGGUUUUUUUUAAACCGUUAUAGAUUCAAUAAUUGAUUGCAUGUAGUGUUGUUUAUUACUUGUAGACGAUUAUAAAUAUGCUGUAUUUUUUAUUCUAGUCACAGUAAUUUUUAAAAGGAUUUAUUACAUUGCAUUUAAUUAAGAAAAAAAAAAAAAAAAUUAUUACGCCUAUUUAUGUUAAUGGUUCUAUUGUGAUGGAUUAACUCAUCAUCCUCUAAAUUUAUAUUUUGCUAAUAAUAAGAAUUGUUUUAUUUACACUAGUUGCAUAUUACAUAAUAUAAUGACUGAUGAGACAAUUCCAUAUGUUAGUGUGAAAAAUACAACGAAAUCGAGUCUAUAGGACUUAAUGUUAUCAAAUUGUGUGCUGAUUAAUAUAAACAGUCAUGAUGCAUUUUUAUAAGUAUAUUUUGAGUAUUUAGUACCUGAUUUUUUUUUUUGCAUUUUUGAAGGAUAAUAAAUUUAUAUAAUAUUAAUAAUGUUUUUUUUUAUGGAGAAUUGCAAAGUAUUUUUAAUGUUAAUUUUAUAUCUUUAAUUUGUGUUAGUUGUCAUAUUUAUUUAUUUUGAAUCGUCCUUGUGAUUUUAUAUAAUACAAUUGUGUUAAUGUGUCUUUAUUGAUCUCAACAUGUUUUUUUUUUUAAGUUAUAUGAUUAAGUGACAUUGUUAUUGUUAGAUAUAUAAGAAUACUAUUAAUUUGCAAACGAAAAAUUGUAAGGAUGUCAUUGCGAGAUUUUUAAAGAAUGUGCCAAAAUAGUUUAUUUAUAUAAUAUUUAUAUACAUUACAGUUUCAUUAUUAAACUUAAAAGUUAAAUUAGUAUACAAUUAGUGAAAAGUUGGCUAAAAAUAAUUUGAGUGUUAUUUAAAUUAUAAUUAUGUGUUAUAUGUUUUUUAUUAAACUGCUUUUUAUCAAGACACUUAGCCCACAAGGAGGAUCAUAAUAUUCCAUUGUGUGCAAAUAUUUAAGAUUCUUAUAAUUUUAAACAGUUUCUUAAAUGCUGAUCAAAUUAACUUUAACGAAUUUGGUGUUAGUUUGAAUGGUCAUUGGUUAGUGAAUAGUGAUGUUGCUAUAAAUGAUCAAAGAUUGUUCGCUUGCCAUAUUUAAAAACUAGCGGUAAAUCUCGCAGUGACAUUUUUUGUUAGUGUCAUUUAUUAACUUAUGCAUAAUUGCAUACAAUAAAAAUAACUUAUAUAAUUAUUGUAAAAGUAGCUGUCGCUAGUUUUUAAUUCACUUUAUUUAAUAUCGUUCACUUACAUAUCCAAUUAGAAUUGUCCAUAGUUUAAAAAAUUAUCUAGUCUAUUAUCCUUAUCACGCAACUUAUAGUGAGGUUAUCUUUAGGAAAGUAUGUUAUUAUAGGAAGGUUAAAUUUGUAUGAAAUUGUUUAGACCACGCGUUAAUGAGAUUUAAUUCUAAUGAGCUAUUCACUUAAUUACUAUCGUAUAAAUUAUAUAAAUAAUUAUUUGCUCGUAUUUCAAUUUUAUAAUGAGCUUUGCUUUCAGCAUAAUUUAAAAAUUAGAUUUAAAAUAAAAAAAGAUUGUUAAAUUGUUGAAACUGGACCAAAGUUGUUUGAUGUUGAUUGAGGUAUUAUUACCGUAAUUUAAUUUGAAUGUAAACGUUGAUAUAUUGUAGUAGGUACUCAUAUAGUAAAGUCUAGGAUACACACGUGUAAAACUUGAAAAAAGCGCAUUAGGAUCAUGCAAAUUCUUACUGACAAUAAUAUGCAGUGUUAAUUUUUUUAUUUUUUUUUUCGGUAAGGGUUAAAGUAAAGUACAACUACGUAUUCUGACAUGCUGUUAUACAUUCAAGAAAUGUGUGUUAUAAGUAAAUUAAUUAUAUAAUAGCUAUGGAUGUAUGUUAUUAAUGUUACAAGAAUCAUAUGACCUAAAUACACACAUCAAAGUAAUAAAUCAACUCAUUAAAUACAUCUACAACGCGGGCAUUUUUCUGUAUUUUUGACAACUUGGAUGCAAAAUUUCAUAUUGAUCGGUGGUGUGGUUAGUACGUGGAAGCAGUUAUGUAUUAUUAAAACAAACUCACAUUCACAUUUUUAAUAUUCGAAUGACAUUAUAAAUGCGAAUGAGUGAUGCCCAUUUCUCGUAUGCCUUAAAUCGACUUUUACGCAUGUGUAUUCUAGACUUAAAUGAAAAUGUUUUUAUCAAGCUCAAUCAUGUAAUAUUAUUAAAUAAUCAUUAUAUUUAUACGUAACGUAUACAAAUAUGGUGCCUUUGGUUACCUAUUUUAAUCAAUUUAUGUAUUGUUCAAAAAUUAAAUAUUAUUACAUUAUAAUGAGAAAACUAUAUGCCAUUUUUAUAUAAUGAGUAUUACUAUGAAGGAAACCUCGUAUUUACAUGGUUGAGCUAUUUCCUAACUACUAUUUUCUCUAUUUCAACUUCACUUCUUCAACUUUGCAAAAUUAACGUAUACUUAGACGAUUAUUGGUCAUCUUAAGUCGCAAUAUAAUAUUAUUACUAUCUUAAAAAUUAAUCAACAAAAUCAUCUUUUCUUUUUUGUAUAAACUAAAACAGACACAUUCUCUUAAAUGUAUGCAUUUUCUUAUUUGCAUGAACUGUAGUAGUUCAGCUUACUUGUUAAAAUAUUUUUCCAAAAGAUCGAAAUAAAGUAGCCAUACUAGAUAUUUCAUAGGUAGAUUCAAUUAUACGCUAAAUAAAAUUCAAUUAGUUAGUUGAUCUGCACUAAAACGCAUGUAUAACAAUGCAGCUGUAAACUGAAUUUAUUGUACAAGUUUAAAGGGUAGAAAUAAUUUAGGAGCUUUACUAACUCAAAACUUCUAUAUUACAAAUAUUGAUUCAAAUUCGUUCAGAUAUAGAUAUUAGACGAAACAACACCAAAAUCAUGUUAACGUAUAAAGGUGCCCAAAUAAUAAUGGCAAUAAUAUUAAUGUAGACACAUAAAUGAUAAAUUAAUAUAACGUUUCAUAAAUCAUCCGGACACAUUUAAACUUAUGGUCUUUAAAAUAUUCUCAUUUUAUUACUUAGCUACAUAGUGUCAAAACAUGAAGUAAAUAAAAAUAAUCUGCGUUAUUUGACAACUGAUGAGUGCGAUAAAUAACUACACAUAAAUCGACAUAUAUCCUAACUAAUUGCUUUUUUAUUUUUGACGAAUUCAAUGAAUAUCAAAGGCUUCUAUUCAAGCAAAUAACCUUUAUCUAUUCUAGGGAUUUCUCUUUAACUAUUAAGACAUUCAAAUUCUAUGCCUAAAUUUAUACUUUAAGUAAUUAAACUAUAACUUAGUGUUCACAUUAAUUUAAAAUGGUUCAUCAUUGAUUAGUCCAUAUAGAUUCUACAGUUAAACUAGAGUAGGCUAGUCGAGUGUAGUGGCGCCACACGAAUAUUAUGGUUAAAGCUUAGCUGGAUUUGUGCAAGAGGUAUAUAAUGAAACUUAUUAUAUCAACCCACAAGUGAUAGUUGUACAUAUUUAUAAUGUUUUGUUAUGUAAUCAAUUAUGGGGUUGCGAAUGUUGGUUGACCAAUAGCGUUAGAAUGUAAGAAAUUAAAUCGAGAUUAGAAUUUGCUUCUUACUUAGAUACUGUUGUAUCAUUUUUUUUUAAUAAAAUAAUGCUUCUUUUAUCUGAACGAAAUAUUUCUAGUUGAUAAUAUAUUUUAAUUUUCUUACGUGUUGUAAGUCUACUACUCACUAAGCAUCACAAAAAUGAAAUAAAAAUUAACAUUAAAAAGUUUAUUUAUUUACAAAUUAUAUUAAAAAAACAUGGUUAUUAAAAACAUUUGUUACAAUACUUAAUUAACUUGAUUAGACUUCGAAUUAAAUUUACAUUUAAAAUUAAAUAA